UUGUGAAUGUCAUUGAUCCACAGAAAAUUACUGAAAGUUUGGAGAAUUUUGUACUGGAGGCCGAAAAUGAAAAUACGGAAGAUGAAGAAAUACUGAAAGAAGCUCUGGAUAAAUGGGAGGAAGCAUGUAAUUCGUGGAGAGAAGAAAAUGAAUCACAAGCCGUCGGAACUAGUGGGCUUAGUGGAGUCUCGGCUCAAAAUAAAGAUAAGUUUACAGAAGUAAAAAGUAAAGGAAAACAUUAUGUUAUAUCCCAACUUCAAGAAGCCAGACUUAUUGCAGUGUCUACAUCCCCGAACAAAGAAGAUGGGUGGCCUCUAUUCAUGGAAAUUCCUUGGAGUGCUCUAGUCGAAAUGAACAAUGAAGGCGCGAAAGAUGCGUGUGUCGGAGAUGACAUUUAUAUUACUAAAUUCCAGCUUCGUACUGACAAAUUCCAAACAUUGAAUGAAAAUACAUGGUUCUAUCAAGGCAAUAUUAAUUGGCAAGCUACGGCGACUGAAAUAGAAAUGGUUGCAAUACAGGAGUUUAGAUUGAAAACAGGGUUUGUUGUAGAAACUAAGAGAAGGGGAAAAGAUAGAAAGACGGGUUCAAUUCGAGUUAUUGCGUUUGGAAUGGAGCGGACUUCGGUCCUUUAUAAACGUCAGUGUAUGCGAGUUGAGUGGGACAAAUUAAAGAAAGGCAUGUUUAUUGACAUAGCAUUAGCACCAAUUGAAGAAGGAUGGUUAAUUGGUCCGAACUAUAUUUUACCUCCGGGAUGUCAUUUCCGAUUAGGAACCGAAGUAUUAGCAAAGUCAAACUCGAAAAUAGCUAGAUCAGCACGUGCGUAUGAGGGUGAAUGGCGCUUUUCAGCAGUCUCAACUAUUCCAAGAAUUUGUAGAAUAACCAAACGCCAUACUUUAGAAAAAAUAAACUCAGUUGGGGACCUUAUUGAAGCAGCCUUAAUUGUAAUUGGAGAAGAGAAGAAACGUCUUAAAUGGAGGCGACCUAUUGAGCUUUGAUAAUCCUGCUUGGAUACGCGAUUCUGUGACGAUCAGGGACGAUCGACCGCAUGGAUGAGAGAGAAAGUGAACAGCUUUAAUGUGUAUAUGGAGUGCAAUCGA